CCUGCCGAUCCGAAAAUAUUACAAAUGGUGCUGCAAGGUUGUAUUGGCACCACAGUCAAUCAGGGGCCCAUGGAAAUGGCUACGGUUUUUCUGGCUAACCUCUCCGAUGGCGUGACGGUGCCAACAAAACAUCAAAAUAAAUUACGACUCUGUUUCCGUGAAUUCUCCAAGCGUUGUGCCGAUGCUUUGAAGAAGAAUCGUAAUUUAAUAUCGAGCGAUCAAAAGGAUUAUCAGCGCGAGUUGGAGCGUAAUCAUGAGCGUUUCGUCGAACGCUUAACGCCAUUUAUUACAUUGACGGUAGCGCAGGCGCAGGGUGUUGUAAAAGCCAAUGCUUACAACAACAAAAGCACACCUUUAAAAUGCGUUUCGGACUAUUUUAAGUAAAUGCGAUUUUGCUAUAUAGUUCCGUAUCGUUUUGUAUUCACACUUAGCUCUAAUUAAGUAUUAGAUUGUUAGUAUUAAGUUUACCUUUUUUCAAAUCAAAACCCAAAAGUGAAUUAUAUGUGUAAGUAUGUAUUUAAAGACUUUGUGGCACGCGCUAAUUUGGAGGGCGAUCGGUUUUUUGUACCUCAAGCAUUUUUGGCUUUUCGAGCGUAGGAUGUACUGACAUUGAAACGUUAAAUACGCAAAUCGAUCAAAAUAUUGAUAUCGAGAAAUAUGUAUUUCGACCAUUAGGUGGAUAAUUGAUGAAUAUGCACAUACAUAUGUAUGUACAUAUAUAGCGAUAUAAAUACGCAAAUCGAUUCUAAUGUUGGAUAUCGAUAAAUUUUUACGUGGAUCAUAAUAUUGAUAUCGAUAAAUAUAUAUAUAUGUCAAUCGUAAUACUGAUAGCGAUAAAUACCUGUACCAUUCAUAAUACCGAUAAAGAUAUCGUAAAAAUAUCGAUAUUAAUGGUUAUCGAUUAAUAUUUCGACUAUAGUUCGAUAAAUUUAUAAUAAAAUCAAUAACGAUAUCGAUGAAAAAUAAGAUAAAUUCAUAGCGAUGGCUAUAAUCAGUUAUCCAUAAUCAUGUUUAUGUAUAUCUGUAUAUAUCGAUAGCGAUAUCAACAAAUAUGUAACAUUUCAAAAUGCUUUAGUUAUUGUAAAUUUUUUAAUAUUAAUAAUUACAUUAGAAGUGACGCAUUCUUUUCACUAUUAUAUUCUUGAUUGUCCUCUAAAUAGCUGCCAUUCGUCUACACCUUUGCACAAAACCAAAAAUUUUUUUCAAAAAAAUCAUUUUCAAAAUAGUACAUUCUUUUGAGUUUGACUGCACAUGUCUUAUCACAACGCUUUUAUUUGUAUGCAUAUUUGAAGUCCAUUAAAAGCAAUUUAUACACAUCACUUUAAAGUACCAUAAUAUUAACAUAUUAUGUAUUAAUAAACAAUAGCAUUUUAUGUAGCAAUACUCAUUGAAUGGUUUAUACUUUUAUACGAACGCAAAAUUAAGGAGUUUGUAAAAUGUAAAGGUGCAAGAAAGUACUUUUGAAUAUGCAGUUUCAUAUUCUUAUGCAAUUUAUAAAUCACUUAAAAAUAAAUGUUUGUAAAAUAAGUAA